AUGAUGUCGAAUUUGUUACUAGUACUGUUCGCUGUGCUUGCCUUCGCUUGCGUCGUGGACGCACAAUGGGGUUAUGGACCAUGGGGAGGCUAUCGUCCCUUCGGAGGCUACGGCUACCGUCCUUGGGGCUAUGGACCAGGACCAUUUUGGCGACCACCACCACCAAUGUACGGUCCAUGGGGACCCAGGCCAUACUGGGGAUAA